CCGAAGCAAACGACGCCGCACUCUACGGUCGGUCGUUCGCGGACCCGGAGUGCUCGUUUCUCCGCUCCGAUCUGAUCGGCGUGCAUUUGUGCUCCUGCGAAUUCAUACACGACAGUGUCGUCGGUGAAAAUCAGUGCCCUCAUAAGAGUCACGAUAAGGAUGUGGCGUGAGCCUCCAGGUGGAGGGUAUAAGGCACCCAUCCACAUCAUUACUAUGCUGCUCUUAGCUGCUGUUCUGGCAUUGACAACGGUUGUUUCGGCUGAAGAUGUAUCUAUGGGACCGGUGUUUGUCAAGGAACCUCCGAAUCGAAUUGAUUUCUCAAAUGGAACUGGAGCUGUUGUCGAAUGCCAAGCAAGAGGAAAUCCACAACCGGAUAUCAUCUGGGUCCGUUCUGAUGGAACUGCUGUGGGAGAUGUUCCAGGCUUGAGACAGGUUUUGCCAAAUGGAAAUUUGGUGUUCCCUCCUUUCCGUGCUGAAGAUUACCGUCAGGAAGUUCACGCUCAGGUCUACAGCUGUUUGGCACGUUCCCCUGCAGGUUCGGUACACAGCCGUGAUGUCAACGUAAGAGCCGUCGUCACUCAGCCUUACAAUCCAGAGAUCAUGAACGAAUACGUUAUAAGGGGAAACAGCGCGAUAUUAAAAUGCAGCAUCCCCAGUUACAUCGCAGAAUUCGUUACUGUCGAGGCGUGGAUUCGCGAAGAUGGAGAGGUCUACCUUCCGGAGAAUCCUGCGGUUGCGCAGGAUGGAAAAUACUUAGUACUGCCAUCCGGAGAGUUGCAUAUCAGAGACGUUGGACCCGAAGAUGGAUACAAGACUUAUCAAUGCCGCACGAAGCACAGACUCACCGGUGAAACUAGGCUAUCCGCGACGAAGGGACGUCUCGUCAUUACUGAACCGCGAGGCAGCGUACGUCCGAACGUACGAGACAAAGAUGUGAACGGAUUGAGGAGGGACAUCCAAAUCGGACGUAUGGUCGGCCUACCUUGUCCUGUUCAGGGUUUCCCAGCACCUGCAUUCAGAUGGUACAAAUUCAUCGAGGGUACAUCAAGGCGUCAGCCGGUCCAACUGAAUGAGCGCGUACGACAAGUUAGCGGCACUUUGAUCAUCCGUGAGGCUCGAGUUGAAGAUUCCGGCAAAUAUCUCUGCAUCGUCAACAAUUCUGUCGGCGGCGAGAGCGUGGAAACCGUUUUAACUGUUACGGCACCGCUGACCGCGGAGAUCGAACCGAGCACGCAAACCAUCGAUUUUGGAAGACCCGCGACCUUCACCUGCACCGUUCAAGGCAAUCCGAUCAAGACCAUCUCCUGGCUCAAGGAUGGAAAGCCUCUUGGAUUGGAAGAUCGCGUACUGAGGAUCGAGAGCGUAAAGAAGGAAGAUAAGGGAAUGUACCAAUGCUUUGUUAGAAAUGACCAAGAAAGCGCGCAAGCAACAGCAGAACUAAAACUUGGUGGAAGAUUUGAACCCCCGCAGAUCCGUCAAGCUUUCGCCGAAGAGACUCUCCAGCCCGGACCGAGUAUGUUUUUGAAAUGUGUUGCCAGCGGAAAUCCUACCCCCGAAAUUACCUGGGAACUUGAUGGAAAACGGCUGUCGAAUACCGAGAGACUGCAAGUAGGACAAUACGUCACGGUCAAUGGUGAUGUCGUGUCGCAUCUGAAUAUUUCCAGCAUUCAUACCAAUGAUGGUGGACUCUACAAGUGCAUUGCUGCAUCAAAGGUUGGAGCUGCUGAGCAUUCUGCCCGUCUCAACGUUUAUGGUUUGCCAUUUAUUCGCCACAUGGAUAAAAAGGCCAUCGUUGCUGGGGAAACUCUGCGCGUCACUUGCCCUGUUGCUGGAUAUCCGAUUGAAAGCAUCGUCUGGGAACGAGACACCAGAGUUCUACCGAUCAAUAGAAAGCAAAAGGUUUUCCCUAAUGGCACACUCAUCAUCGAGAAUGUUGAACGAAUGAGCGAUCAAGCGACCUAUACUUGCGUAGCACGCAAUGCACAAGGCUACAGCGCACGUGGAACACUAGAAGUUCAAGUCAUGGUCGCUCCGCAAAUCGCUCCAUUUUCUAUCAGUGAAGAACCAGCUAAUUGGGGCGAGCAAAUCUCCGCAGUGUGUAGCAUUUUGAAGGGUGAUCUACCGAUCGAAAUACGGUGGAGCCUCAACGGCGAAAUUAUUACGCGUCUCACGCAUCCGGAUGUAAUAAUUACGAAUACCGGAAAAAAGACAUCUCUCCUAACCAUUGAAUCUGUGACUGCCCGUCAUGCUGGCGAAUAUAGCUGUGUUGCGAGCAAUCUAGUCGGAUCCGUCAGCCGUUCCGCCAUUUUGUCGGUCAAUGUCUCCCCACAGAUAGCGCCGAUCUCCUUCGGUGAGACACCCGUUAACGCCGGAGACUUGGUGUCGGAGCAAUGCGUGGUGACCAAAGGCGAUUUCCCUCUGGAAAUAACAUGGACUUUCAAUGGUCGUCCCAUACAAUCGUCGUAUCACGGCGACGUGAUCGUGUCCGAUACCGGAAAGCGUGUCAAACAACUGACCAUCGAAUCAGUAGCUGCGCGACAUGCCGGAGAGUAUACCUGCGUUGCUUCAAACGCAGCUGGAUCGGUCUCCCAUUCAGCCACCUUGGACGUGAAUGUACCUCCUCGUUGGAUCCUGGAACCUACCGAUAAGGCAUUUGCUCAAGGAUCCGAUGCACGAGUGGAAUGCAAAGCCGAUGGAUUCCCCAAGCCUCAAGUCACAUGGAAGAGAGCUGCUGGGGAUACUCCGGGAGAUUAUACUGACUUGAAAUUAAGCAAUCCUGAUAUUAGCGUGGAAGAUGGCACUCUCUCUAUUAAUAAUAUACAAAAAACGAACGAAGGCUAUUAUCUUUGCGAGGCUGUUAAUGGCAUUGGAUCAGGUUUAUCAGCUGUCAUCCUCAUUUCGGUUCAAGCUCCUCCGCAAUUCGAAAUUAAACUGAGAAACCAGACCGCUCGUCGUGGAGAACCAGCUGUAUUGCAAUGCGAGGCACAAGGAGAGAAACCAAUUGGUAUUUUAUGGAACAUGAAUAACAAGAGACUAGACACAAAGAGUGAUCCUCGUUACACUAUUCGGGAGGAAAUUUUGGCUAAUGGAGUAUUGUCCGACUUGAGCAUCAAACGAACCGAAAGGAGCGAUUCUGCCUUAUUCACUUGUGUAGCUACGAAUGCCUUUGGUAGCGAUGACACUAGCAUUAACAUGAUCGUGCAAGAGGUGCCGGAAGUUCCAUAUGGUCUCAAGGUAUUGGAUAAAUCAGGACGUUCAGUGCAACUAUCGUGGGCCGCACCUUAUGAUGGAAACAGCCCGAUCAAGCGAUACGUUAUCGAAUACAAAAUCAGCAAGGGUUCCUGGGAAACUGAUAUUGACCGAGUGCUCGUACCUGGUUCGCAACAAAAUGUGGCUGGAGUUUACAAUCUAAGACCCGCAACCACUUACCACCUUCGAAUCGUCGCUGAAAAUGAAAUUGGCACGUCUGAUCCAUCUGACACGGUCACCAUUAUUACCGCCGAGGAAGCUCCUACUGGUCCGCCAACUUCCGUCAAAGUAGAUGCUGUCGAUCAACAUACACUCAAGGUAACAUGGAAACCGCCUCCACGUGAAGACUGGAACGGUGAGAUUCUUGGUUACUACGUUGGAUACAGACAAUCGUCGGACAAACCGUACAUGUUUGAGACUGUCGAUUUCUCGAAGGAAGACUCUAAAGAACACCACUUGUCAAUUGCGAAUCUCAAGACUUAUACUCAAUAUGGCGUAGUUGUUCAGGCAUUCAACAAAGUUGGUUCUGGACCAAUGAGCGAGGAACGUAGACAGCACACCGCGGAAGGCGUGCCCGAGCAACCACCUCAUGACACUACCUGCACGACUCUUACCUCUCAGACUAUUAGAGUAUCCUGGGUAUCGCCACCACUCAGUGCAGCUAACGGCGUUAUCACCGGCUACAAAGUCAUCUACGGACCAUCUGACACAUGGUAUGAUGAGAACACGAAGGAUACCAAGAUUACGUCUUCCAGCGAGACUAUUUUACAUGGCCUUAAGAAAUACACGAACUAUAGUAUGCACGUUCUGGCUUUCACAUCCGGCGGAGACGGUGUUAAAUCCGCACCGAUUCAUUGCCAGACCGAACAAGAUGCACCCGAAGCUCCCAUCGCUAUCAAAGCUCUGGUCAUGUCUGCGGAAUCCAUUCUUAUCUCAUGGCGUCCACCUAGCCAACCUAACGGAGUUAUUUCUCAGUAUACCGUUUAUACUAAAGCAGAUAAUGCAGAAGAACCAACAAGUCAAAAAGUAGCGCCGAAUCAAUUAACUCAUGAAGCGUCUGGAUUAGACAAGCAACUUAGAUAUGAAUUUUGGGUAACUGCUAGCACAAACAUCGGCGAAGGGGAAGCUUCUAAGAUCGUAACUUUGGGGCCAAGCGUUCGAGUACCAGCUAAGAUCGCAUCAUUCGAUGACAAGUUCACCGCUACAUACAAAGAGGACGUCAAGCUACCUUGUCUCACUGUCGGCGUACCUACACCAGAAGUAACAUGGAAAGUACGAGGUGCUACUCUUCAACCAAGCGAUCGAUUGAGACAAUUACCCGAGGGAUCGUUAUUCAUCAAAGAAGUUGACCGUGCGGACGCAGGAGAAUAUUCUUGUUACGUAGAAAAUUCUUUUGGACAUGACACUGUAACUCAUCAGCUGGUUGUACAUGCUCCCCCACACUCGCCUCAAGUCACUCUUACCGCUACUACUACCAAUUCCUUGACAAUGAAGUUGCGUCCUCAUCCCACCGAUAAUGCACCGAUUCAUGGUUAUACGAUUCACUACAAACCCGAAUUCGGUGAUUGGGAAACUGUUCAGAUUAGUUCCACGGCACAGAAAUAUACUCUCGAAAAUCUGUGGUGCGGCUCUCGAUAUCAGAUCUAUGUCACAGCUUACAACGGAAUUGGAAUAGGCGAUGCUUCGGACAUUUUGAAUACGCGCACAAAAGGCUCCAAACCGAUCAUUCCGGAAGCACAGAGAUUUAUCGAAGUAUCCACGAAUAGCAUCUCAUUGCACCUGAGUGCCUGGUCUGAUGGUGGCUGUCCUAUGUUGUACUUCGUUGUUGAACAUAAGAAGAAGAUGCAACAGGAAUGGAAUCAGGUCUCCAAUAACGUAAAGCCAGGCGCUAAUUUUGUAGUACUGGAUCUGGAUCCCGCUAGUUGGUAUCAUUUGCGUGUUACGGCUCAUAAUAAUGCCGGUUUUGCCGUAGCCGAAUACGAAUUUGCGACUUUGACAGUGACUGGCGGCACCAUUGCACCGGCCCGCGAGCUACCGGACGUGAACGGUGGUGGCAACGACGAAGACCCGAUGAAAAUUUUCAUGGCUAACUUAAAUCUGGUCGUGCCUGUGGUAGCAGCCAUACUUGUUAUAAUCGUUGCCGUCAUCGUGAUCUGCGUUCUCAGGGGAAAGGGCCACGGUAGCGAUAAAGAUGACGUAGUCUAUCAACAAACCGGAGUUGGCGGCGCUACCCUGGACAAACGCAGAUCUGAUCUUCGCGACGAACUGGGAUAUAUUGCACCACCGAAUCGCAAGCUUCCACCUGUACCCGGCUCGAAUUACAACACCUGCGAUCGUAUCAAGCGAGGUGGAACUGGCUCGUUAAGGAGUCACUCGACGUGGGAUCCGAGACGACACAUGUAUGAGGAAUUGAGUCACUACGCGCCCAACAGGAGAUGCCCACCGCCACCACGUAUGGGCAGCGCAGAUGGUCUUUCGCACAGAGGUAUGGAAGAUGAGAUUUGCCCCUAUGCUACUUUCCAUCUACUGGGAUUCCGCGAGGAAAUGGAUCCGAGCAAAGCUAUGCAAUUCCAGACCUUCCCUCACCCAGGAAAUGGCCAUUCUGGUACUAUGGGACCACCUGUAGGACAUCCGACUAAUGCUUCUGCUCAUAGCCGUUCUGGAUCUCAAUCUAUGCCUCGUCAAAAUGGUCGCUAUUCUCGAGUACCAUCUCAAGGAGGUGGCAGCGGCACGCAUAACGUCUUCUCGCCCGAAUACGACGAUCCGGCUAAUUGCGCUCCCGAAGAAGACCAAUAUGGAUCACAAUACGGACAAUAUGGCGCACCUUACGAUCACUAUGGAUCUCGCGGAUCAGUCGGACGUCGUAGUGUGGGCUCGGCUCGCAACAUUCCCAUCUCUGGAUCGCCGGAACCGCCACCACCGCCACCGAGGAACCACCAAGAUCAGAAUAACUCUAGCUUCAAUGACAGCAAGGAGAGCAACGAGAUCAGCGAGGCCGAGUGUGAUCGCGAUCAGCUUGUCAACCGCAACUACGGCGUGAAUGCUCGCGGCAAGGACGGCAUGACCACCGAGGAGAUGCGUAAACUCAUAGAGAGGAAGCCAAACGAAGCUCCCGGCCGGCAAACCGGCGGCCCCCACGGCGGUCACGGGGGACUCCUCACACCCUACGAUACUGUGGCAGUGUAACCUGUAAAUCGUCAUCUUCCGUGGUCUUCCGCCUCUCUCGAAAGCCAAUGAGAGCCAGGAAAAAAGCAGCCGAGAGACGCGGAAAUGAAGCGCACGCCAACUCUUCCCCCGGUGCUGUCGUCGGUCCAAUUUGCAACGAUUUACGGUAGAAAUUAGAGACGUCGUCGCGAGUAGAUAGAUUCGAUUACCGUGUAAGGUGUACGCGUAUUGAUAUCAUCUCAAGAUCGUGAUUACGGACGAGGAUUUUUCAGCCCGCCUCGCGAAAUGGGACCGCCUCCUUCGCCCUCGCGACCAUAUCACGUGAUUUUUCUCUUUCUCUCGCUCUUCGGCCUUCCGCUCUUUCCUUGUACUUCCUCGGGUACAUUCGUUUGCAUUUGAUCCUAGGGGAAGGCCCGAAACUCAAAAACUGCCCUGUUUUUGAUAAAUUUUUUCGAACCAAUUCAGUCGAUUACGCACAUCGAGGAAGACCAGACUCAAGACUGUCUGUAUUUACUGCCCUUAUGCGAAGGAGGCACAGCGAUUCGUGAGGUCAGUCAUGCUUCGUUCGUAAGUUGCGAGUCCUAGAACUCCUCACGCACGUUCGAUUACAUUGUGUCAAUUUUUUCAUACUAACAGAAGAAAAUGAUUUGAUACAUCUUCCUUCUUGAUGAUACAUGUCCGAACAUGACGUGAUUUAAUGAAGAUAUUUGAUGAGACGAACUUAUUAUUAAUAAACCCGUGACAAAAUAUUUCAAUGAUCAGAGAGACAAUUUGCAUUUUCUCGCGCGCUGUCAUCGAACGUGUAUACGCGGAAUUCGAGGCUCGAGAGACUGCCGCGAAAGAGACUGUCCUGUAGGAAGGCGAACACAGCCGGAAGUCGUGUUCGCGGACGCUCAGCUGCGGCAGAGACGCGGCCCGCGAUGGUGCUCUCGGCGACGGUGGAUUUAAACGGGGGUCUUCUGAUAUAUAUCCAGGAUAUAAUCCUAGGUUACAUUCGUCGCAGGAGUAAUGGGAAAAAAAAAAUGAAACGUAUAAACGACAUAUAUGCGUAUACAUGAGAUUAGUUGGUCGCUUUUUAAGUCAUGGUUGUGCCACACUGCCGCUCCCUGCGGGCGUACGAUAUAUAGAUACAUAUACGUACACAUAUACUACAUAUAUACAUAUACUGUACGAUUUAUAAUUUCGUAACGAAGGUUGUGUCCCUUCCCCUUAUCUCCCUCCCCCCCCCCCUUGAUGGUCGGUGAUCUUGAGUCUCGACGUCGCGGAGAGCAAAGUUUAUAGGGUACGUCGUCGCUUUCUUUGUCUUUCGUCGUUAUCCUUCUAGCGAUCCGUUUAGGCGAUCGAUUCGAGAUAUUCCUAUCGCUCGAAAGGGGAGAAAUCCCGUACACAUACACACACACACACACAUACAAAACGCCGAUCGACUGUCCGUAGGAAGAACAACGCGGCAAGCCAUCGAGGGAACGCUUCGAUACACGGCAGGCCAGCCACAAUAACGUUUACAUCAUCGCCACGCGCGCAAUAUACGUCACACUACACUUGCUGUCGUCCUAUAUGAUAUAAAUAUUUAGUCCGCUGUAAACACCUAAUUAUCCCCCCGUGCUAAUCUUCUACGAUCGAUUGCGACGUACCGAUAAGAUUCACUGAUAUCGCGACGAUGAUCGUUACAGGUGUAAGCGAUUCGAGUAAUAAAGAAGCUGGUUUAACGUAGAUAGCUCGUAAGUCGGACGGAUGGUCGCGAGAAGGCGUCGUUGGAUCUUCGCGACGAGGCGAGAAGUCGGGAUUUGGUUUAGCGGAACGGAUUAACUUCAGAACGCGAUGGAUUGGAAGGUGAUCUGUCUUGUCUUGUCUUGUCUUGUCUGUCCGCGAUCGGACGAUUGACCUUUUGCUGGUUCGACGAACGAACGAAGCGGAUGCUUCCCGAACUUUUUCGCCUGUGUCAUCACCAGCCCCGACAUCGCGCUACGUCGCGAUCACGACGCCGUGUCUCAUAGUUCGUUUUUAUCACGAUACUAUUUCUAAAUAUAUACAUACAAAUAUAAAUAUAAAUAUAUAUUAUGUAUACACUAACUAUAUAUACAUACGUUGUAAGUAGCUAUUUCUAGGUGUCGCAUUUGUUUGCCGAGGCGAUGCACGAGCCGGCUUCCAGUUGGGCGGCUAAGCCAAGAAGCACCCCUGAGAAACAUUUGUCACGCGAGUUGCGACAUUAAUUACUACUCCGUAUAUUUAAUUCUGGAUGCAAUCGUGUUGAACAUGCAACAUUUUACGUGUUAUCGUUCCUUGUUAGCGUUACCGUUAAUUUAAUUCAUCUAAUUAUUAGAUUUUAUGUAAUUUAUUAAAUUAAUUUAUCGAUUAAAUGUUUGGUGACUCUUGUUUGACAUUAAGAUUUCUGGUAUAUUACUACUACUACAUUACAAGUAAUCCCAAAGUUAUCUUCAGUCGAGCCGCUAUUAGUAUGGCCUAAAUUGCCACUGCCAUCGUUUCUUGUUAUUCACGUGAGUGAGAUUAGAAUGGAAAAUGCGCACACACACAGACUGCCGAGAGAAUUUUCGAGAUGUUUGAAUAAAAUUUCAAGGGUGCUUCAACCGCACGAGCCGCUUCUGCUCUCGCAGAGGAAUUCCUACCCUCUGCCAUUUGAAACUGGCCGCGGCUCGACGCGCCAACGCACUUUUACUCAUCGAUGUGAUUUUAAAAGGCUGCGCAAAAAGCCUCGUGUCUCGUGUAUAUGUUACGAUCGCGCUCUUACCGUAAUUAACCGUAGCCGUAUCUCGUCCCAAGUCACCCUUUACGACUUAUAGUAUCACGUUCUACUCACUUAACUCGCCCCUGCGAAAUCUUGUCGCUUCGAAUCGCUUCCGAAUCUAACCAGAGCUAAGCCACGGCACAGGCCGAUAUUGAUGAUAACAAUUGAUGAUGAUAACGAUAUUAAUGCAUUCGUAUAUAGCGAUAUGAUCAUGUCCGCGUGCUGUCUUGAUCGCGGCUCAUCUUUUGUCCUAAGCAAUGUGGACGUCCGCGACGUCGCACAGGUGAUAGAAAUUUAUGUUGUAAGCGGGGCCCGGGGUGAUCGGUAAAAGGGGCUACAAACGAGACGUUUAGCGACAAUCAGUUAAAUCGAAUUUCGGCUAAACAUUAAAUGUUUUUUGCAGCUGAAACGCAUUGACGACGAUUGAGUAAUACGACUUAAAGACUGAGAAUUUACGUCCAUGUUUGCUUAUCACUUCAUUCACUUCUCGUGCUUGCGAUUGCUUUGCCCUCAGUAGCAUUCUCGAUAAGAUUGGUAUAUUCGCGAUACCCUUCUUGCCGGACACCCCCGAGCCCAACGUUCGCUCGUCGCGCUUUUCAUGAUCGACGUAUACUGCGUGGUAAUUCUUUGCAGGGCUCGACGUUACUUUUUUAAGAGACGCUGCGAAGCGCGUCGCUCGCUUGUGUAUGCUUGAUUGAUAAUAUGCGUUGAAAGCAUCUUGGCUGUUCUUUUUUGUACGACGGCGAACGCGGUUCUUCGAGCUCGUAUCCUUCCUCCCUUAUCAUUCCGUCGCCUGUCAAACUUGAAGCGUUUCCUUCGUGUCCUUUUGACAAUCCUCGCACGUGUGAAAGAAUCGCGGGAACGCGUUUGAUAAUGGAAAAGAAAGGAGAGACUAAAAGAAAGAAAGAAGAUGCGCGUAACAUCCUCCGCGCUCGAGGAGACUCGAGGAUCCGCUCGCAGUGUACCGUUUCCUCUCAACGCCACUACUUUAUGUUUUUGUACCAAAGUUGUAGCGUCUAACUUUGCGUUAAAUAAAUAAACCUUAAAACGAU